AUGACGUCGUCUUCCGAGAUUCAUGUUCAAGAAGUCCUCAACAACCUGUCAAACACGAUAAAGCGGGAUGCCGAGAUCGUUGACGGGUCGUCAUUUACAGCAGCCAUUGCCCAGCAGGAUGCAACGGCUCUUCCCACAUCACUCGCCUCAGAGCUUCCAGUGACCCUCUCCACAGAUAUUUCCUCAGUGCUCGUAUCGGAGCUCCCAGCAGCACUCCCAGUUGCCGUUGCAACAUCCAUCCCUCCUCAGGAACAGCAUCAGAUCGGUCAGGAGCAACUCGAGCGUAUCGCACAACAACAUCAGCAGGAACAGGCACAGCUGGCACAGGCACAGGCACAGGCUGAACAGGAUGCUCAGGUGCAAGCUCAGGUUCAGGCGGUGCAGGCCCAUGUCCAGGCUCAUGUCCAGGCACAAGUCGCACAGGCAGCACAGGCACAACAGGCACAAGAACAAGCCCAGUCAUUGCAAGAGGCACUCGUCGAAGAUAAACAUGUUAUCCAUGUCAACGCAUUGGAUUCAAACAACAGCAGCACAUUGGCCACGGUCCCCAUCACAUCUGUAUCAAGUGCUGUGCCACCACCCGCAAAGCCUGCUCCCGGAUCUGAAGAAUGGCACCGAAUUCGCCGCGACAACCACAAGGAGGUCGAGCGUCGUCGCCGAGAAAACAUCAACCACGGCAUCAACGACCUGGCAGCCGUGAUCCCCAACAGCGACAAGAACAAGGGCGCGAUUCUCCGUCAGGCUGUUGAGUAUAUCCAAACGAUCCAGGAGGCCCAGGUCAAGAUGAUGGAGGAGGCCCAGAGUGUCGAGGCGAUCAAGUUUGAGCGCGAGCAGGCAUUGGUGGCCAAGAACCUGGCGCAGGCUGAGCUACAGAACCUUCUUGCACAGCAUGCAGAACUGAAGCGCAACUAUGAUGUGUUGCGCAAGGAGGCAGAGGAGGCAGAGGAGACCAAGAAGAAGCAGCGUCCUGCUGAUGAUUAG